AAGGUUAAUUCCAUCUCUAGUUUUGAUGAUUUUUUUUUUUGGCACUCUUCUGGAACAGCUUUCAGAUGGACCUAAUUGGAUUCAUGCCAUACAACAUCACCAAACAAAUGCUCGUGAAAAUUGGUGGAAAAGUCUAUUGUUCAUCAACAAUUUUUCCAAUAGUGCCUCGUUUCAAACUUGGUUCGUUGCUGUUGAUAUGCAACUAUUUGUAUUCUUUCUGAUAAUAUUGACGUUUAAUGCUAAAUAUCCUCAGUACAAGAAAUUUAUUUAUGCCAUCAUUACUGCUAUAUCUAUAUUACUGCCCCCACUUUUGGCAAAUUACUAUAAUCUUGUGUAUAACACACUUGUUCAAUCUGAAAGUCUACGAUAUAUGGAGUAUCAAUACAUUGGUUACAAUGUAAAGGUACUCUAUACAAUAUACAGCACUGUGGGCAUAUAUCUAUUCGGUAUCAUAACCGGUGAAAUAUAUAUGGAAAUCAAAAGGAGAACUAAUCACAAGUCGUUCAAGGGUGUCUUUAUAUAUGAAAUUGGUUGGUGGAUCUUGUAUGUUGCUGUCUCAAUUUUACCAAGUUUCAAAUUCAAAUCGGUUGAGGACAAUCCAGCAUUGAGUAGCCUGACAUCUCACAUUCUUUGUAAUAUCUGGGCUGUGGGUUACUGUAUAUUAAUUCUGGGCUUAACAUUUAAACUUGGAGGAAUUAUGCGUAUGGGUUUGAGUUCAGCGUUUGCGGUGAAGAUGUCUAGAAUUGUUUAUCAAUUAUAUCUCUGGCAUAUGGCAGCAUUGUACAUAAUAUAUGGAUAUAUUCGACAACCAUUAUAUUCAAAUGACUUACAUUUUAAUCUGCGCUUCAUAUUGUUCCAGUGUGUUGCCUGGAGUUUAUCGUUCAUUUUGACUCUCAUAUUCGAAUACCCAAUCAAUAAAAUAUUUGAUAUUUUAUUGAAUAAAGAAAAUAUGAUUGGAAGUGAGAACUCAAAAUCGAAAUAAUUAGAUGAGACCAAUAUUUUUAGAGGCGCAAUAUUUUAGUGGAAAAUUAUAUU